CAAUCAGAAGAAGAGGGUGACAUGAACGCUUAUGUUGUGAGAGACACUAUACCCACUAGAAGAGGGAGACCUAAGUGCAAGCCUGAGAGUAGCUUGGAUGGAUCGAAUCGUGUAUCCAAAAUUAGGAGAGCUGCUAACCCAGUAGAACUGAUGAAGAUAAAUAUUUAA